GUAAAGGCACGACCACGUUGAGUAAAAAGGAGUACAGAACAUACCAGGGACUUAAAAAAUGGCAAAGAAGCUGUUGAUUGACACAGACUGUGGGACUGAUGAUGCUCAAGCUAUAAUGAUAGCCCUGGCAUCUCCCAGCGUUGAAGUUCUGGGGAUAACUUGCUGUUAUGGAAACACUCAGUUGGAAAAUGUCUGCCAAAACGUACUUCGUGUGUUACAAGUUUGUAAUAGGCUUGAGAUUCCAGUUUAUCAAGGUGCUUCUACCCCCUUACUUGGUGCUUCCGCGAAAAAUGAUUACUUUUAUGGCAUAGAUGGCUUGGGUGAUGUUCCUGAUCCAGAUGCUCCACAAUUAGACUGUGUACAGAAAGAACAUGGUGUGAUGGCAAUGCUAAGAAUGGCCAGUGAGCAACCUGGUCAGGUUUCCCUAGUUGCCCUUGGUCCUUUGACUAAUUUAGCUUUGGCAGUGAAGUUGGAUCCAGCAUUUCCUAAGAAGCUUAAAAGUCUCUUUCUAAUGGGAGGAAAUACAGAGUCCAGAGGAAACAUUACGGUGUGUGGAGAGUUCAAUUUUGUAACUGAUCCAGAAGCUGCCUACGUCGUCUUAAAUGAGUACACUUGUCCUAUGUAUAUUGCAGCAUGGGAAUUUGCAUUUCGCAGUUCAUUGCCUUGGGAAUUCUAUCAUGAAUGGAUUAGUCUGGACACCAGGAAGGCUAACUUCAUGAAGAAAAUACAUGCUUACACUCUAAAAUUGGUGCAAUCAAAAAAUCCAGACUUCUUAUCUCCAGGAUUUGUGUCUUGUGAUUCCUAUGCUAUGGCUGCUGCAAUCGAUGAGAGCUUUGUCACAGAAGCCAUAGAAACUGCUGUAAGCGUGGAGCUGAAUGGAUCACUAACUAGAGGAAUGAUGGUACUGGACAUGAAAGAUCACCUUAAGAAAAAGAGCAAAGCUUUUGUCAUGAAUAAGUGUGAUUUAGAGAAGUUCAAGGCUUUUCUUGUUGCUGCUUUAAAAUAACUCCCAGACAGAUCUUACUUAGGUAAUCCACUUAGAUUAGUACAGGCAAUUUUAAAUGUAUGGUUAUUGUUGAAAGUUACUAACUAAAAUAAUUUUGCCCUGAUAUGAAACUUCCAACAAAAUGCAGUCAGGUAAAUAGGAAGGGCCCCAUUUAAACUACUGCAAUGAGAAAAUUCAUAGCUCAAGGUACAAGAAUUUUUUUUUUACUUUAAACUCGUUCUAUUUGCUUGGACACCAAACUAGUUUAGCAUGUAAAUACUUAGACAAUAAUCAAUAACCAGAAAUGAUUAUAAAGAAGUAUUGAGAUCCAAAAUCAUAACUUCAAGUAACAAACCUGAAUGUGUUCUAAAAAUGGAGUGAAUGAAAGUUUCUAAAAUCAAACAUCUAUUUUGUGCCUUAUCUGAAAUACCUGAGUAACCUCAAUCAGAUCAUGAAAAGUGCUCUUGUUUUUAGCUACUGAAGCAAUGUGAACAGUACUGGUAAGGUAGAUGCUCAAUCCAAUCAGCAACUGGUGAACUAUAUGACAAAUUACAGAUAAAUUAGUUUAUCACACACCUUUGCCUUCUUCAUCUGUCAUUUGGUAACUCGUACAUAUCCUUGGUACUUGUUUAAUUUGACAAACCUGAAUGGCUUCAAAGAGCUACUGUUAAAAAGCCCUAAGGGACUUAAUAGGACUGUAGAAUAGGGCCUUGUAACUAAGGUUUUAUAGAGUUCACAAAGCAAUAAACAGUUUUAUAAAAGUACAUUUUAGCUGUUUUAAGGUGCUUAGAAAAUACUUUAUGAAAUAUAUGCACAUGUAUAAUACAGAAUUAUAUCAUAUUACAAGUUCCAUUAGUUCUUGGUCUCGGUUGCUGCAUAAUCUUACAAUUGUGAAAAACAUGCUUGUGCUUAACUUGUACAUCAGUAAUACAUAGAGUUGUAUGAAAGUUUUAUAGAAAAGUAUUUUGAAGAAAGCUAAGGAAUGAGAAUCGGUAUUGGACUUUCUUGCUUGUACUAUUAAUAACCAAUUCCAUAGUAUUUAGACCCAGAAGUACAUACUUGAUUUGUGAAUAAAGGGGAAGAUGAUACAGUCAAUCAAAAAUAGGGUGUUUUACAAAAACUAUAUUAAGAUAUUAACACUGAAGAUGUUUGAAAACCCUUCAUUUAAGCAGUGUGUCUGGUAGUCCUUUUGUCCUUGAGGAGGAAUGCUGGGUAGCAUGCUAGGAUUCACUUUAUUGACCUCAAAUGGCAGUUUUUCAGCUUUAUAACUGCUACUUUUGGCACUUACGAUAUGCAUUGUUUGUGAUCCUGUUCCUGAGCAUGUGGAGUAGGCUAUAUUGUAGGCAUACCACACUGGUAUGCGGCUCCUUUCAUGCAUGUGCUGGGCGAGCACAAGUAACAAAACAAAACUAAACCUGCUGAAACCCCUUGACUAAUUUUAGCCCUAAUUGCUGAGUGAUAACAGCACUGGCUUAGGAAGUGAGAACCAGGUACUACACCCACACCCUCCACUUCUAGAGGAGAUUUGACCCUGCAUCUGUCAGACUUCCUAGCACAGUUCUACACAACAGGCUACCAGUUAAGCAUUAUCUAGGCCCUUUUCCAGCCCUCCUCUUCUUUUUUUCCCCCAGGACUUAUGCUUGAGUACAUCCAUGUGGAACCAUGCAACUGCCAGCAGAGCUGUCCCGGUGGGGGGGGGGAACCGCCCUGGGUCCCACACUUUGGGGGGGGCCCACAGAGCCAGGUGGAGUGGCCAUGGUGACUCUGCGCUGCCGGCUUUGCGUCCGGCCAUUUGCUACCCCCACUCACCACCGGUGCCACCGCUGGUGGUGGCGGCAGCUUCUUUGCAUCCAGGGUGCGUGGGAUCGGGGCGGGGGCAGGGCCCUGCACAAGCUGAUUUGCCCCGGGCCCCACACCCUGCUCAGGUCGGCUCUGACUGCCAGCCAUGGUGCAGCCUACUGCAUAUGCUCAGUAGCUAUGUGGGCAGCUCUGCAUUUAUACUGCACAGAAAUAGGAUGACAAACUGGGCAUAAAUGCUAAAAAUGUGAGCAUUCUGACCAUGCUGUCUUGAACAAGCAAUUUGUUGAUCAACUAAAAAUCUUUAUUUUUCCCCCUCCUCAAUUCCAGAAGCUGCAUAUUUGAGGUCUCAUCUUAUUUUUCUACUUAGCAUUUUUCUCAAUGCAUAGAAAAGAAACUCAGCACAAGCUUCUGACAAAAGAAUAUAGACUUAGCAGAAAAAGAAAUAGCAAGCCUCUGCAGGAUACCAGCAUACUAUAUCCUGAUCAUCUUAGUGAUGAGCAAUAAUCGUUUUUGGUCAUUUUGGCUCAGUCUUAGGUGUAGCAAAGCUGCAUUUAGCAUUGAACCAGAGACGGGGUGGUCAGGUCACUUUUGCAUUGUGCUGGGUCUGAAAGUGGUUCAUUACUGAUGCAAAUGUAUUUUUGCUUUGUUUCCUUUUCUCUGGGAAAAGCAUAGCAUUGUAUAGGAAUACCUACUAUAUUGGGGCAAGUCUAAAAGGUACAGACUUACUUGGUUGCUGCCUGCACAGUAUCAGCAAAAGAACUGAACUUAAGACCAUAUUCAUUCAAAUUAAAAUGAAGGGUUUUUUUCCUCCAUUCAACACGUGGAUUGGAUUUCAGUAUUGGCUUAGGGCAGGCAGCUGCUGUGACUCUGGCCCCAACCUAGGUCCAGAACCAGAGUUGGAGCUACUGCUGCAGCUGUUGCCAGGGCUGAGGCUGCCACUGCUGCCUAGAGUGAGCAGCCAUGGGCUCAGCAGCAGCUGGGUCUGAGGGUGAUGCAUGGAGGUCUGGGGCAAUGGUGCAUGCCUGAGGGUCAGGGUUAAACACUCCUUCCCCUGCUCAAACUUAUUGCUGGCUGCAACUGUGGACUACAAAUCCCAGAGGCACCUGGAAGUACAAAGAGGAAUUGCUGAGCAACCCUGCAGAGUCCUGCUG